AUGUCAGCUGAAAAGGAUUUAGAAAUCAAAAGACUCAGAGAGGAGGUUGAGAAAUUAAGAGUUCAAGCAAGACCUCUUGCAUCCGAAUUGGACAUCAUGAAUUUUGUGACCAAAAAGUUUUGCAAGCACUUAGACGAAUUAAAAGAAUUAAAACAACUUACUUCAAGCUCAAAUAUGAUUGCGAGAAAAUGGAAAGAAUUGUUUUCAAAAUUAGAUGAAAGGUUAAAGAAUUUAGUAGAAGCAAUGAUCUUAGUUGAAGGAAACGAUUUUGAUACCGAUAAUCUUGAGAUUCCAACAAUCCAAAACGUAAUUUUUAGAGGCGAUGAUUUGAAGGUAUUCGUCAAGUGUGCUGUUAGUGAAUUCACCGAUUUUAUUUAUGCGAAUGUUCAUAAGAAUAUCAUAGAAGGUAGAAAAGACGUUAUCAAGGCAGUCAAAGAAUACUUAGAUGAUUUUACUGACACAAACGUUCCACAAAGAAUGAUGACCAUUCUCAUCGAAAUGCACAAUGAAUCAAUGUUUUUUAACUGCAAUUUUACUGACAUAUUAGGUAGAGACGAACGUUUCGAAAAUAACACCAAUUGUGAUGUUACGAAGUUUAUAUACAACCAACUUGAUAGACACGACUUCCAUGCUAGGAUGUUUUACAUUGCUUAUAAGGAUAUGGUGUACCAGACCCUUCUUGACAUUUACGUUGCCCAUUAUCAUGAGUAUAAGAAAGGUAGCGAUGCCAAGUACACCGUCAAAGAAAUUGUCAAGGAAGUUAGAGCGAAAGCUGAGUUUGCUAUUGAAUUACAUAAGUCGAAUGCAAGUAAAAAGAAUGGCUCAAAAAUAGUUAACAACGUUGUCAGUCUUCCUAAAUUACCAUAUCAACAAAAGAAGACAGUUAAUCCACCAAGUAAAGAAACUAAAGUUGGCAAAACCACUAAAAAGACUAUUUUAAACGCUAAUUUCGAUCUCAAGAAAUACAAUCGAAAGAAUCCAGGUACAGAUUUACUUACUUAUGAUUCAGGUGCAAAUGUCAGUUGUGUUAGCAAUCCAAGAUUAUUAAUCAACUUAAAGAACACUAAUGCUGAGAUUCACACUGCUGAUGGAACUGCAUUAAAGUCAAGAAAAUAUGGUGAUUUGAAGAUACAAGUAAAUGGCGCAGAUGUGAUUUUAAAGGACGUUUAUUGCAUUGAAGGAUUAAAAUUCAAUCUAAUCGCAGCACGAAAUUUUGAUGUGUCAGGGAAAGCUUUAUUGAUAGGUGGAGGAUGUAUUCAUUUAUUUGAUGAGGAAUUGAGUGAACCUGUCGUUGUGGCUAAAGUUACGAAGGAUAUAGAAUUAUACCAGGGACCUCAAUCUGGGAAGCUAUUAAUGGAUAUAGACCAAGAAAGCAUAACAACCAGAAUCGUUGACAGUUACAUUGUCGUGGGAAAAUUAUUCGAUAGUGAUUUCAGUAAGGAAGAGUUGACGACAAGGAAGAAGCAUAUACCUAAAAAGAAAGUCAUCAAUAAUAUGGCUAUGGGAAACAAGUACGUGACUGUAUACAACCUACCUCAAGUAAUUGCAGAUCCACAUGGCCGGAAAACUUUGUACAACUACCACAUACAAUUCUCACAUAUGUCACUCGAAAGAUUGUUAAUGCUUAAGAAGAGAGGUUUUUUGCAUAGCACUACAAGUACAAGCAUUGAGGAAAAGAGUAAGGUUUUAAACUGUCCAUUGUGUAAAGCGUCAAAUGCUAGGGAGACAUCUCAUAAUAAUUCAUCAGAUGAACCAAUAGACAGGAAUCAGAAAGUAGUAAGUGAUACAAUGGGACCAUUUACGUCUUAUCUAAAGAAGUAUUACAUAACCACGUUACAAGACUGCAAGAGUACUUACAUGGAAAUUUUCGUUACAACCACAAAAGCAGUUACAAAUCAAUUGGUUGAAAGGUUACAGGUAUGGCAAAACAGAUUCCCUACGUUACGAAUUCGAAGUUUCAGGUCGGAUAACGCACUUGAAAUGCCAGGAAAUGAAGUUUUGGGAAAGCUUGGAAUUUUGAAGGAUGAAAUACCAAAUCAUUCACCUGAAUUAAACGGUUCAGCAGAAGCAGCAAACAAAGUACUUCUCACUAACAUAAGGAAAGUGGCUAUGAAUUUUCGACCAUCGGUUUUGAAACUAUUUCCACAUAUUGCCCAAUAUGCAAAUGAUAUCAAAAAUCAUUCUCCACGGAGGGGACUAGAUGGAUAUACACCUUAUCAAGUAUACUAUGAUCGUCCAAAUUAUAUGUUGAAUAUUAUGCAGUUCGGUAUAGAUGUUAUUGUUAAAUGUCUGAAUAGACAAGAAGCUAAGCGAUUCGGUUUAAAUGUUAAAGAAAAAUCUUAUCCAAUGGCAGCUUAUGGUACAUUAUUAGGUUUUGGACAACAGAAUAAGAGCUUUAAGGUCAUGUUAUCGGCACCAGGUUACCCAGUCGUCCUAACUCCGAAUGUCAGGCCAAUGAAUAGCAUGCACGUGAUGAACAAAUAUUUAGAUGAUAUUACAAAUGAAGAAGCAGCUGCAUUUGACAUUGCCUUCCAACAAUUACAGGAAUAUGUAACGGCGCAAGAUUUCAAGAAAGUCAAAACAAUACCGAAGCAAAUGCGACCGACAGACUGGCGCAUCAAUUUCAGGAACGUCAACGAACAAUACGAGGAUGAAGAAAAUGAAGGGCAGAUGAUGAAUAUGGAAAACGUACAUAAUACAACAACACAAAUACCUUACAACUAUGAUGCAAACCUGCAAUAUCCACAAUUUGGAACUUUCCAAGUGCCUCAAACCAAUGGAAGAUCAUUAAUGGAACAGAUCAGAGAAGAUACGAACAACAUUUUUGGAAAACAAAUAGUAAACCUGAGAAGUCAAAUCAAUGAAUCAAAUAGAAUGAACAUUGACGAAGAUGAUAACGAGACCAUUAUAGCAGACACUGAUAGUGAAAGUGAGGAUUUAGUUGAAUACCCAGAUGCAAUAGCUCACAACUCAGAAUUUCCCCCAGACUUGUCAAAACAAUUUCAAGGAGAAGAAACAGAAAAUGACGAAAUAGAAGAUGAUCAAACAGACGAAGACGAAGAAGACGAAAGUCAAAACAAUACCGAAGCAAAUGCGACCGACAGACUGGCGCAUCAGUCCAUAGAGGCUACACCAGAAGAAUUCGAAACAGUUAAUAAGUCUGAAAAAGUGUCUUAUGCGUAUGAUAAUACGGGAACAGUUCCAACUGGGGAGAGAUCAGUCGAUUUAGAUGAAUUAAAUCAAGGAAACGGGGAGAUCAAACCUGACCUACAAGAAACUCAACCACUCGAACGGCCUUCUGAAGAUGAGGAAAUAAAUAUCUCCCAUACACCAAUUUUAUCCGAACCUGAACUGAAUAAUGAGGAGGCACUCGCACCUAGACAAUACGCCGAAUCAUCCAACUACCAAGUGCCAACAACUGAGGAGAUAAAUUCUAAUCUAGAUGAUCUAACACAUCUUAACGCACGAAUUCAGGAGACCACGGAUCGGAUAGAACAAAUAAUCAAAAAGAAAAAGAAAAAACCACCACAUCCUAACUUCGAUAUCCAGCACACACUAAAGAAGUCAAUGAAGAUGCUUGAAUACGAGAAGGAAAAGGAGACGAAAAAUAGUGAAACACAUAUUGCUGAAGAACUAACCAAAGAACCCACAGAUCCAGUUGAAGAUCUUGAAAAAGCCAUACAAGCGAACUGGGGAGCAAUUAAAGAACAUCGACGUCAACUCACGGCAGCAGAAGAGGCAAGAAUCGCCGACGAACUUACCGAAGCUUUACAUAAGGAACCUCCCGAUCCAGUCGAAGAUCUCCAACAGGAACUCAACAAAAAUCAUGGUUUAAUCCGCCAAGCUCGAAUAAAAGCUGUAGCAGAUGAAGAAGCUAGAAUUGCUGAAGCACUCCUUACUAAUUCUAAUGAUGAAGGUGACAUAAUUUCUGAACUCGAUAAAGAAUUAGCAGAAAUUAGGGGAGAAGAGACCCACAUCAUAAAACACGUAGACAUUGAUUCAAAACCGGAGAAUAAGGCAACCCAUUAUAAAUAUAUACCUGAGAGAAAUACAGUUAAGAGAUCACGUAUAUAUGAACCAAACGAAUUCUCAAAGGUACAUGUUGGUGAACAGAAUGAACCAGAAGAGUAUAGAACAAGAAGCGGUAGAAUAGUAAGAAAACCAAAACGUUUCUUAAAUCACUUGAACAUGUACUUAAAUCUGGUUGUAGAGUCGGUAGACAUGAAUGAUCCAAAGUGGAAAAAGGCGAUUACUGACGAAUAUAUGAAAUUGAAAAAGAUGAACGUUUAUGAAAUUGUCGAUAUUCCGAAGAAUGCAAAACCAAUUCCAACAAGAUUUGUCCACACGCAGAAGGAUGAAGAUUUAAAGGGAGAUUUUGUCAAAUCAAGAAUUGUAGUACAAGGGUUUAGACAAGUGGAAGGUGUUGAUUUUGAUCCAGAAAGGAUACUGUCACCAGUAGUUGGAUUAGGUAGUGUAAAGUUAUUAUUUGCUAUUGCUACAACUCAUAAUUUGCUUGUGCAUCAAUUAGACGUAAGCCUGGCAUAUCUACAUGCUGAAUUGACUAACAAGACUCCAGUAUAUGCGAAACCACCUAGAGGUUAUGUUCCAAAAGGUUUUGAAGUUCCAGAAGGUAAAUGUUGGAAGUUGAAGAAAUCGCUUUACGGCUUAAAGCAAAGUGGUUUUGAAUGGUAUACACAUUUCACUAAAAUUCUAUUGAAUAUGAAAAUGAAACAAUGUCAUCAUGAAAAGGCUAUGUUCCAUUAUGAGACGAAGAAAGGUACGAAAUUGAUCGUUGCUUUAUAUGUUGAUGAUGUACUUAUCGCUGCUUCAAAUGAAAAAAUGAUCCAAAAAUUUGUGCUGUUAUUGGAAGACAAAUUUGACUUAAAGUAUUUUGGAGAAGUUUCAGAAUACCUCGGAACUACAUUUAAGAAAACAGAACAAGGGUAUGAAAUACACCAAGAAAAAUAUGUCAAUGAUGUGGUUCAAAGAUUCAAACUUGAUGAAAUUACACACGAUAAACGCAUACCAUGGAUCCCGAAGGAAUAUUCACGAGACAAAGUCGUUAAAUCCACAGAUAAAGAAAAUGAUUUCCAAAAAGUAGAGCCACCUGAGCCAUUAAGUGAAACUGAGAAGAAAGCAUUUAUGAAGGGAGUUGGGACAUUGAACUGGUUGGUACUAAACACGAGAGCUGAUUUGUCAUGUAUUACACAGAAAUUGGCAACUAAGAUGUCCAAUCCAAGCAAAGAUGAUCUAAACAAAUUAUGGUACGCAAUGGGAUAUCUAAAAUGUCAUAGGAACUUCAAACUUACAUACAAUCGUGGAAAAUUAUCAGAAUCAGAAUCGAUAUUGGAAUGUUUCUGUGAUGCUUCGUUUGCACCAGACAAGGAUAGAAGGUCAGUUACAGGGUAUGCAAUCUAUUACAACGGAAACUUGAUUGAUUAUGGUACGAAGAAACAACCCAAAAUAAGUGACAGUGCAGCAGCUGCAGAAAUGUUGGCAUUAGAUACUGCAGUCAAAAGACUAAACAAGUUGAAAUCCAUUAUAGAAGAUUUAGGAUACUCCGUGAAUAAAACUCACGUAUAUGAAGAUAAUGAAGCGGUCAUAACUAUCCUAAAUAACGACUAUUUCCACACACAUACACCUUUAGAUAUUACCUACAAAUCUUUGCAAGAAAAAUUGGGCAAGGAAUUCACGAUUUCAUACAUUAGAUCAGAAGAGAACUUAGCAGAUGCACUUACCAAAUGCCUACACGCACCAAAAUUCAACGAGAUGAUGUCAAAAAUCCUAGAUAGGCCAGAUCUCAACGGUGAAGCAUUCAACCCAUCCAAAUUAGGUAAGAUCCCAGUUGAUGCAAAUGGAUUUGAAAUUAACACUGAAGGUCAAUAA